UGUGGAGCUAGAGCGAGUGGCUGACAUGAACAUUGUUUGGUUUUCGUCGAUCAUAUAUGUUUUCUCGUUUCUUUUUGCUUCGCUUGGACAUCCUGGUAAUGAUAUAGAGCAAGAGUCGUUUCAUGAAGCUCACAAACAGGACAGCGAACACUUGUUUGAGCAUAUACGAGAUAAAGUAGAUUUCGAUGGCCAAGGCAUGAGACACAUCAAGGAACAUCUGAGAAAGGUCGCCUCCGUACCAAAUUUUGAUGCUUUAGAAAACAUUGAAGAUACUCAAGCCAUUUACUACUUUUUCAAGCUUCACGACUUUGACAGCAACAACCGAUUGGAUGGAAUUGAACUAAUAGCUGCAUUCAGUGAUUAUCACGAGACACCUGAAUCGAAGCACAAGGACAUGUUGGCCGGUCACAUGAUGCUAGAGUCAGAAAUAGAAAAAGUAGUCGACGGCAUCAUCGAGAAUCAUGACAUCGAUAGAGACGGAUUUCUCUCGUGGCAAGAAAUCGCAUCGUCAGACCCUCAACUUUUAUUGAACAAAAUUCAUGACGGUGUUCAAUGAAAACACUAUUGACAAACGAGAUGAAAGUGUAGCCUUGUCUCAUUAUUUAAGCACCUCACUGUCCCACCCCUUGUUUCUGAUAUACAGUAGGAUGUCACUAGUCAUUUAUCCAAACAAUUUUGUUCUCUGACCCGUUCGUAACUGUGUAUAGUAUACAAAGGUCUAGGAAUCUGAGGCUCGAUGUUGCUACUGUACGUACUUUAGACCUCUAGAGCACUUUUUACCACACCAAGAGGCAAAUACAACAAACAACUCAUUUCAGCUUCUUUGUCUAUGGCAUUUGGGGUUCAACAUUGCCAUAUCAAGGAUGAGAACUACACCCGUCUGUCUGAUCCUCAUGCGCAUUACUGUUUUGUGCACGCAAAGCUAGAAUGAGUCCAAGGCACAGGUUGUCCCUCACAGUUAACUGGUGUUCGGAUAAGUGACAUCCCACUGUAUUCAUGUAAACUACAAAAACCAGAGGACCAACUGUACUACAAUAUUUUUAGUGGUUUAUCCACCGUAAAAGAUGAAAAUCCAUCCAUAGUUGACAUUGUCUCAUAAUCAAACUCGAGUGAAAUGUAUAGUACUAUAGUACACCGUCACUUUUUGAAAACAAUUUGCUGAUAUUUCUGUUUCUACAAUGGUCACGUGACGAGUAGUCAGUCACGAGUGUGUGUUUAGAUGGUGUAUAUGAUGUAUUGUACAGCAAGUGUGGAAAGGUUACUUCUGU